UGCACUGAUAUGUGGCAUUGAUGUUGCACUGAUAGGCACUGGCACAUGACACUGAUCGGCAAUGACAGCUGGCAAUGAUGGACUUUGACAGGUGGCACUGCUGGGGCUACACUGAUCAUCAGGGCACAUUGAUCAUCAGUGCCCUGAUGAUCAGUGUACACUGAUGAUCAGUGCCCUGCAGUGCCACCCAGCAGUGCCUCCCACCAGUGCACAGCAGUGCCCAGGAGUACCACCCACCAGUGCCCAUAAGUGCUCAGCAGUGUCACCCAUCAGUGCCCCCCAUAAGUGCCACCCAUCAGUGCUGCCCAGCCAG